AUGAAUCCUUCUGAGAAAGAAGACUUUCAGAUUGACGUUGAAGAGACCACGUCCAACAGCGACGAAAAGCUGAAGAAAGCAAAGAAGAAGAAGAAGAAAGUGCCGUCGAAGGGGGCAGAGAAGCGCGGUGUGUGCUAUUUGAGUCGAAUCCCCCCUCACAUGGACCACGUCAAGCUUCGCCACAUUCUCUCUCAGUUCGGCGAUAUCCAACGAAUUUUUCUCGCUCCUCAAGGUUCUGCUACCCAAGUGCAUUCUAAGCGGUCCCGUGCAUCCCGAGACCAAGCAUAUUCAGAAGGAUGGGUUGAAUUUGGUAAUAAAAAGGUUGCUAAGAGGGUCGCCAAUAUGUUAAAUGGUGAACAAAUAGGGGGAAAGAAAAGAUCAUCAUUCUACUAUGACCUCUGGAAUAUUAAGUACUUAAGUAAGUUCAAGUGGGAUGAUCUAACUGAAGAACUUGCCUUAAAGAAAGCUACUCGGGAGCAAAAGCUAGCUGUAGAACUUUCUGCUGCCAAGAGAGAGAGAGAUUUCUAUAUGUCCAGAGUUGACCAGUCACGUGCUUUGAAUGCUAUAGAGGAGCGGCUGAAGAAGAAGCAGAAGAUUCAACAAGACUCAGGAGUGGCAAAAGUGAUUCGCCAUUUCCCUCAAACAAAGCCAAUAGCUGCUGAUGCCAAAAAAAGUAAACCUGAGCUUUCUGACGAUAUAUUGGAUGCUCGAAUCAAAGAGAUUUUGGGUCAAGACAAGGAAUAUUGGUCAUGGAAUGAAAAUGUUUAG